AUGGAAAAUCUCAAACAUUUGUUAAUAUUAUGUUGUUAUGGGGGUGUUCCAUUUAUUGAUUACGGGCCCGGAGGAAAUGGAACUUCAGAAAUCGACAUGACAAACACGCUAGACCCUACAGAUUGGAUUGCUGUCGAUUCGUCAGGUAAGGUUGGGCUAAAACGGAAAGGUGUGCGGGUGUGGGUACAGUAGGCAGCGUUGAUUGGCUUACGGCAAGGAUUGAUAAUAGCGGGAUAAGGGCACGUUAGAACUAGAACGAAAGCAAAGCUACAAUAUUACAUUUACGAUAAAGGAAAGGGUAGAGUGGAGCUAGGUUAGAGGUAGUGUAAGUUUAGGGUAAUUCUACUUCUAAAAAUAUGGCUAAAGGCUAAAGAUAAGGCAAAGGUUCAGGCUCCAGCUCAAGCUCAGGCUCUAGCUCUGACUUCAGCUUCAGUUCAAGCUCAAGUUUAAGUUCAAGUUUAAGCUGCAGUUAAAGCUAAAGCCAAGACUAGAGUUAGGAAAAGGAAACGGAUAGCUGAUAUAAAAAAUAAAUGUAAAUUAGGUUAUGACAAAGUAAAGAUCUUUAAAAUACGUUUUAAAAUAGCAAUUUAUCAUAAAAAUUUUUAAAAUUUAAAAAUUUUUAGGGUCCUUACUUAACGCCUCAAUACAUCCAGAACUGUUAUCAGAAAACCCUGCCCUAUCAACGUUAAUACCAGCCAACGCCGAUAUCCAACUAGACUCGUGUGAUCUCUACAACCUGACCUUUAGCAGUUCGGCCGAUCAAAAGCUGUUCGACGUUGGCCACGGGACUUUGAAAUGCAGGUUCGUUCAAAAACAAACUCGGCAUGGCUCUUUUCUGUUUUUUAUUUUUGCUUUUGGCUUCGAAAAAAACGGCUUCACGGAAUUUUUUUGUUUAAAAAGGGGAAUGUUCUCGGCCCGAAAAGGGCUGGACGGCAUAAAAAAGGACCAGACGGCAUAGAAAAAGGGCUAGACGGCGUUUUUGACUUGGAAAAAGGAAUGGUCGAGUUUUGAAAAGAAAAAUUAAUCGAUUAACUAAAUAUGGCCGGUUUUAAUUGAUGACUUCACGUUGGGUCUUUGAUUUUGGAACGGCGUUUAAAGGCGGAAAGCUUUGUGUUAUAGCAAGGAAGUUUGGAGUUCUAAAAAAUAGGUUUAAGUUAAUGCUUAGGGCUAUACUAAAGUUUAUAUUAAGGCUUAAUCUAAAAGUUUGAUUCUUUUUGUUUUAGGCCAUUUAAAGCUAAAAAAUCUUCCUUUUAAACAGUCUAAAAAAAUUUUCUUAAUAUCAAUAUGGCAAUUUUUAAAGUCAAAAGCCAAUAAAAUGCUAUGGCCGUUUUGAUUUACGCUUUUAUUUAGGACGUGACAUGUGUUUGCAUGUUACGUUGAACAUGUUUUUAAGAAAAAUGAUGUCUGGGUUAAGAUUUGUUUUUGGUUUUGGCAAUUUUACGUCAUAUGAAUAGUCAAAAUUAUAUUUUUUAUUGCUUCCUCUUUCACAACCGAAAAAAAAUUCUGAACUUGGUCUCCUAUAGAAUUUUUCUAACUUUUAAAAAUUUUUCUUUAGUAUGUUAAGGCUAAAGCUAUUACUCUAUUUAACCUUGAAUUUAAGUUAAGAUCAUAACUCUUCAAUUUUUAGCAAAAAAUUCGCAGGGGAAGGGGAACCAAAUAAAAAUUUUAUGAAAAAAUACAAAAAAAAAUUCUUAAAAAUUUUGUUAAACAAUUACUCACACGUCUUUUCCUAAUGUAACAAACAGUAAAACGUGAAAACCGACCUUUUGGCCUCGGGUUCUAUGUUUUUUGUCCUGAAUUUCGAAAAGAUUAACUCCGCUGUUCAGGUGUCCGCGCAAACACUACGGAAGUGCAUGUCAUUUGGCCUCGCCUAUUAGCCUAAAACUCACGAUGAAUGAUACCGUAGCCAUGAUUCAGAACCACACUAAUGGGAAUCCGUUCGCUGUGGUCAUGUUGAUGUUGAUGUGCUUGAUGGCCGCGAUGGCUGCUGUUUUUAUGGUGGGUUGAUAAGGUUUUGAAAGUUUUUUUGGUUUAGGAAUGUUGUGGUGAAUGUAGGUGGCAUAGAGUAAACCGAAGUGUUUUAGUCUGUUUUUUUUUGCGUAAAAAUUAAAAUUUUUGAAUUUAAAAAUUAUUUUUUUUUUAAUUUUGCGAAAAAUAAGUAUGAAAAUCUAAAAAUAUUAAGUUGCAUAAAAAGUAAUGCGCUACUGGACCCUAUAUCAACUACAAGACUUAGCUCAUUAUUUUUUAUACAAUUUAAUACAAAUUUUUAAUCUGCCUUGUAGCAGUAUCAUACUAUUUUUUGCAUUUUCGUCACCGAUACCCAUCAAACUUUUUGUUUACAAGCCAGUACUAUCUCUGUUGACAAUGUCAAGUUUUGGUUUUGUAAUCCGUUGUGUAAAUGAUUCUUUUGUGAUAGAAAACGACUGUCCUCAUUUCCAGUUAAGCGUCAGAUUAAACAAAAAAAAACUCUUGGGCAAGUUCACAACAGUCUUUUUUUGAUUACAGAGCCUCAGGGUUUUCGGAGUUUCUAAUCAAUGAAAAGGGAAGAGGUUACAAAAUUUUAGUUUUUAAAUGGUUAGUUUUUUUUAUAUAAUAUGAAGUUGCUACCGUAUAGGUUAAAACGCUGUAUAUUUUUAAUAUUACUAUAAGGUUGGUUCAAUUAAUUCUGUGCUUCCUAACUCAAAAAUUUGCUUUGAGAGAGGGCAUACUUAUUAUAUAAUUUGAGCAUUUAAUAGUAAUUGUAAACUAAGGAAGUGUAUAUUUUUUAGCAGUAGGGCUGGAAAGGAACAACGGAAAUAAAGCGGUAAAAUCUAGGCUAGGAUAAUAACUUUUCUAUAAAAAAAUUUUUAAAAAAAUUUUUUUGUUGAUUUUGAACAAAAAAUUUUUAAAAAAUUGAACGUCAUAAACAAAUUUUUAAAGUCAUUUUUCGUAUGGCCUUUUUAGCAAUUUUUGCUCUUCAUAAUGUAUACGGCUUUGUUUUAAAAAACGGAUGUUUAUACCACUGUUCGAUUUGUUUAAUCACAUUUUAUUAGAUCCGCUUAUUAUCCUUAACUUAUAUAUUAUCUUUUGAUAUUCUUUUUUAUUCUAAACCUAUUUUGUUUUUUAAUUUGUCCUAUUGUCAUAUUUUUACUCUUUAUAUUAAAUUUUAGCUGUUUUUCUUCCUUUGCUUACUUCUGACUUUUCCUCCUCAUCUAACUAGGAUUGUCACUAGUUUUUUUUACCAAAUUAAAAAAAAAAGUUUUUUAACGUUUUUGAAACAGAUUUUUUUUUAAAUUUCACGUCAGCUGCUACAUUAAAUCUAUAAGUUUUUUGGCCAUAAAUUUCUUACGUGAGAUUAAAAUUUGCAGCUGUAAGAGAGCAGAUUAACUUUUUUGCGACUUAACUAUGGCUUUUGUUUUGUAGUAAUGAGUUUGUUAAAAAGUGGCAAAACUCCUGGAAUGUCUGUUGUCUAUUCAUGGCUAUCUGUCGUUUUGUAUUGGGCCCUUUUUUAUGUCUUUUAGACCGUGUUAUGCACGUUUUAAUUAGUUUUUUGCGCAUUUAAACCCAUUUUUUUGCUGUUUUGGCUUCUUGUAGUAGACUUGUUAAAGGGUCUGGCCUGGCCUAAAUUUUUGGUCCAGCUUUUUUCAACUUUGCUUUGGGUUGGGCUGGAGAGUGGGCCCCUCUUUUAACUCUAUUCAGAACUCAUUUUUGAGUAUUUUCUUUGCAUUUUCUGGCUUUUUCUGCAUUUUUGGACACUGCUAAGCCAUUUUUUUGCGUUUUUCGGCCGUUUUCGCCCGCGGGUUCUUUUCGAAAAAGGCGUGGACAGAGCACGUUGGAAGCGUCGUUCUGCCGCCGUAAAAGCGGCGUGCUCUUUUUUCGUAUUUUCUGACAUUCUUUCUUCACAUCCGCUUCCAUCCACCCUCAGUUUCCAUUGUUUUGUGGGGAUUUCGUCGCGGCCUCAGGUGGUUUUGUUUGUUUUUUGUGUUGUGAACAAUGACUUCUAUUCGAGAACGUUUCCGCAGGCCAUUGAACUGAUUUGUUCAUUAUCUGUGUCAAAUCAUUAUCUAUUUUUUGUGGUUUUUUUGAUGGGAUAUCAUUGAAUUUAUUUUAAAAUUUAAUUUAUAACUUUGCAAAAAAUUUCAAAAACCCAAAUUGGCAGAAAUUUAAAAUUUUAAAAAUUAAGAAAUCUUUAAAAUUUCAUUUUUUAAAACUCCCCACCUUCCAAAAAUCUCAAAACUUCACGAAUUUCGAACGGCCGUCUGUCUUUAAAUGUUGACGCGAGCGGUUUAAUGUAUGUGUUAUAUUGAAUUCGGGGCCCAACCUCAACAUUGUUGCAAUUACGUCUUUCGGUUGUAAAGUGGAGCUCACCUGUUCACGCGAUGCCAGUUUUCAUGUCACUUUCGAAUUUAAUCGGGCCGCUUUCUUAAACAUUCCAAAGGGUUAAUUUUACGGCCGAUGUUACGUAUUCUGGGAUAUAUUGUUAUAGGAGGGGGUAUUUGGGCUGGGAGGUGUAAAAAAAUUGGAUUUUUGGGUUAGGUGGGGCAAGAGAAUUCGAUAUGUGGCAUGGGUGGGAAGAGUUUUGAGGUGAAGAGGGGUAAAAGGCUUUUUUUACUUUGGGUUACUUUUCACGAGUUGUAAGGCUUUAUAAGUGAAUUUUAGGUACAACACAGCUAUAGUUUUACACCUUGUCAUAUCCGUUUUUUUUUUCAAUCUGAUUUUGAAAUUUAAAAGAAAAAAACAUGUUAACAUCCAAUGUUUUAGAUGAUGCGAGCCUGUUUUUGCGACUGUUUCGGCGGAUUCAAGAGUCCAUUCACAGCUCGAGAAAGCCCUCAACUGGAUCCAGAAGCCGUGAAUCGUUGUCUGCAAGCUGCCUGUGCUCAUGAAGAACGAGAUAAACGUGCAUAUGUAAGUGACUCAUACCCAAGGUUUCGAAAUUUGAAAAAAAGUUUAGUAUUUCACAAUGCACUUUUGAAAUAGUUGUCAGCGGGUGAUUUUGGUAAGGGAAGAGGGGGGGGGAGGUAAUGCAUUUAAAAAAUGUAGAUACCUUAUCCUACCCUAAUUUAUCCUACCUUACUGUACACUAACUUACACUUCCCACUCAUUCUCAUAAACAAAAAUUACUAGCCUAAACCAAGAGUAUAUUUUACAUAUUUAUAUUACUCAGAAUUUUUUUUCAGGGCGAUUCUCGUCACCCUCUAAUCCCAUCCGUAAGCGAGGGCUGUGCACCGUACAACCCACCCGUACUGUCAGUGGGACAGUUCGAGGUUGUACCACCGCCACGUCGCUGCAGUCCGCCGCCAUCGUAUCGUUCAAACACGAGUUUGGAUCAGAUCCCCUCCUACAAGCUGUAA